AUGCACCACCACCUGCCUGACGGCGCCACUAUUCACGUGGACGUUCUGUCCUUCUUCAAUAAUAUUCGCGGGAUCAACAUCAGGCAUACAGAUAACAAGACAAGGGCGCAUGCCAUCCUCUUUGAGCAUCUUAAGAAAUAUGGCAACCCCUCGCGCAUGGUGUUCUAUGUCGACGGCGCCCCUGCUCUCGAGAAGAAGGAGACUCACCACGAGCGAAACGAGAAGCGAGUCAAGGCCCUCAAGACCGCCAAGGUCGCCGUCGAGACGCUCAGCAACCGCGUCAGUCAAGGCAAGCCGCCCACCAAGCAGAUGUUCAAGAAUGUCGAGAAGAGUCUCCGUGGAGGAUUCAAAACCGAGGCCGACAUUGACAUCGCUGCAGAGUGCCAACCCAAGGACGUUGUUCUAUCUCAAAACUCGGACUUCUUCGCUUACGAUUCGGUCACGACGUUCUGGCGUCCUGUGGGCAAGCGGUACGAGGUCAAGGUCCUCGAAUACAACAGGGAGGCGGUGCCGGCCCAGAUAAAACUGUCGACCGCCAAGCUCACUGCCCUGGCAUGCGUCUCGAGUAAUGACCAGAACAAGAAUAUCCCGUCGAUGGGGAUUGCCACCAACUACAGCAUUAUUAAGGAUCUACUCGAUGCAGACGUGCCGUCCCUGGUGAAGGAGUAUCUCAAGAGUCCACGCGUGGUCUGCAGCUAUCAAGAAGGCAUCGACUUCACGGCCUCUAUUCUCGUGUUCACUACAAUGACUCAGGAGAUUGCUGUUCCAGCGGGCGUAUCCUCUGUUCUGUUGCCGUCAUCACAGCCAGCGACGCCUUUGACGAUCUUCCCUGCAUCUUCCCUGUCCUACGAGCUGCUCUGUCAGCAGUACAAGUCGCCACGAUACUCGUUCAAGGCACGGCCGAAACCGCAGCAACAUAAGCCACCGUAUAUCUGCAAGCAAUACCAAUGGAAGCCGUACAUGGCGGAGUUGAGGAAGGCUGCAAAGAAGCGGCAGCGUGAGGCUCGGCGACUCAAAAUGGGAAAUGAGAUAGCCAAGAAGCCGCCGCCCAAGAUCGAUGAGAUGGACAACCAAGUGGUUGCUCGAGUCGACCACCAAGCAACUCUAUCACCCAAUCAAGAUGAUAUCUACCCUAAGCCGCCUGCCAUCGAGAACUACCUGCCUCUGAACAAGGCCAACGGCGGAUCGAGACGUAUUGCGCCCCUCUCACCCCUGGCAGCUAGCUACGCUGACUUCUCUGAGCAGUAUUUGAUCUCACUGUUCUGGUCCUGGCUGACCCUCAAGGACAAGAUCCGGAGUAUGAUGGUCGAGGAUCGAUACUUUCAGGAUCCAGCCAUAGUUCCUUCGCAGGUAGACGCUCUGGACUGGCUGGCCAAGACAAUGUAUGGCCGCCUCGUCACCGCUUUCCUAUUGGAUGUCGAACUCCCAUCAGACAAGCACGGCAAGGAAAGACCCUGGGAACGCCUCGGAUGUCUGCAAACCAAGGCGUUUGACUCCAAGGAGUGGCACGGCAAGAGGUAUAUUCUCCAGGGCUCGAUCCGAACCAAUGGCCGUUUGCUGCAGCUGCUGGGGUUCAAGCUGAAGGAGCUCCAGUCUGUCCGGUAUCGCCGUGUUCCCGAGGACAAAUUGCCCUACUCGCUCGUCACCACCAUUAGUGACACCACCAGUUACCUGACCGAGGCUCGCAAUGUCUUCUCCACAGCUGCAGAUGUGGAGAGCCAGUUGACUGCUAAUCCGAGUCAGGUUGCGGUGCUGUCGCCCGAUUUGGGUACCUCCUGCGUCGUCAGUGCCACCAUCUCGCUCCCACCUGACCGGACCCCUGCAACAUUGACGCAACCCCAUGGUAAGGGGGGCGACGAGAAGUAG